CAUUCAUAUAUUAUUUUCUGAAAUUCAAUCAUCAAUCAACACUUACAUGGCUUAUAGAAUUGUUGUUACAAUAUUGGUGCUGCUAGCCACAAUAUGUGAUGCACAGUUGUCUUCUACAUUUUACGACACUACAUGCCCCGAUGCACUAACCACCAUUAGAACUGCCAUUCGUACAGCUGUCUCUAAAGAGCGUCGCAUGGCUGCAUCUCUCAUUCGCCUUCAUUUUCAUGACUGCUUUGUGCAGGGCUGUGAUGCAUCCAUUUUGCUAGAUGACAGUACCACAAUCGAGAGCGAAAAGACUGCACUUCCAAAUCUUAACUCAGCAAGAGGAUUUCAAGUCAUUGAUAAUGCAAAAUCACAGGUAGAGAAAGUAUGUCCCGGAGUUGUGUCUUGUGCAGACAUAGUAGCUGUAGCCGCACGUGAUGCAUCAUUCGCUGUAGGUGGUCCAUCAUGGACAGUGAAACUUGGAAGAAGAGAUUCUACUACGGCAAGCAAAAGUUUGGCCAAUACGGACCUUCCAUUCUUUACCGACGAUCUUCAAACUCUUAUAUCUAAAUUUACUAUUAAAGGUCUCACUGCCAAAGACAUGGUUGCUCUAUCUGGUGCCCACACAAUCGGACAAGCUCAAUGCUUUACAUUUCGUGAUAGGAUAUACAACAAUGCAAGUGACAUAGAUGCUGGAUUCGCUACCACUCGCCAACGUGGUUGUCCAUCUUCCAGUUCCACUUCAAACAAUCAGAAGUUGGCAGCACUCGACUUGGUCACACCAAAUUCUUUUGACAACAACUACUUUAAGAAUUUAAUUCAAAAGAAGGGUCUUCUACAAUCAGACCAAGUUCUUUUCAGCGGUGGAUCUACGGAUUCUAUCGUUUCUCAAUACAGCCAAAAUCCUACCGCUUUUAAAUCUGAUUUUGCAGCUUCUAUGAUAAACAUGGGAGAUAUUCAACCAUUAAGAGGAUCCGCCGGAAUCAUUAGACGUAUCUGCAGUGCUGCCAACUAAUUCUACACAUUCUUUCUUUCUUUAUCACAAACAAUCCAUUGAUAUUCAUUAAAUGGUCUGUUUCAAUAUUUUAUAAUUAAAUUAAUUAUUUUAUUUAUUUUUGUUCUUGUGUAAUCAAUUGUAAAGUGUUAAAUGAUUAUCUUUUGUUAUAAUUUUAUUAUAUACAAAUGUAUUUCUAGAUGAUCAAAAGGAUUUUCAUAUCUCAUAUGAUGAAUGGGUCUAAAUGGAGAAACUCAACAUAUAUUGAGAGAUGUUCUAAAGAGUCAUUGUUUCAAAUAUGCAAUUUUUAUAUUUAUCAGAAUGAUUAAUUUGCAAACAUCUAUGUAUAAGAAAAAUUAAUAUUGAUCAAUUUGAUUUUAACUUAAGUUAGCCCAAAA